AUGAACCGUUUAUUUGGACUUGGCAACCCUCCAGCUUAUGGCGUGCCCGCCGAAGACGAGCUUCCGGCAGGCGAAAAGCCGUCAACGAAUGCCGACGGAUCCCUGUACAUUUCGCUUCCCAAGAAAGAUGGAGUCAUGCAGCAAACCUGUAUGUACACAUCCUGCAGAGCUAUCGUGCGACCAACGGCUAAGCAGCAUGCUUUCGAGUUGGUUGUGUCCAAUACCGACGAAGACGAUGCAGCGAGCUCUGUUUAUCCCUCCGAUUCAGUCUUUGCAAUCGAGCAAUCCGCUCGAUUUGAAUGUGCCGAUACUCAGUGUGGCUGGUCGGACCGCACAACGAAAAGGUACAGCCUUGACUUUGAUGACGCCUCCGCUGCGUCCAAGUUUUUCGAUGCGUUGGCAACUGCUUUAUUUGAGGCCAUCCAUUCUCGAGAGCCGCGGCCUGAUGAGGAAGGCGACAUGCGCCAACUCGUAUCGGGACAGAAAGCGGAACGCCCAUCAGAGAUCUUGGUGACGUCCGGGGAGUUGCUGCGUGUGUCCGGCGAGCUGUUCAAUUUCAAUACGACAAACGAUACGUUUGAAACGAUCAUUCCAAGCGUCGUUGUAACCAUUAAUUCUGCAAUCGCAAAGGAGGAUAGGAGUCGCGCUUAUAUGAUGUCGGUCUUCCAAGAAGACACCGGCGAUGCGGUUUUCGAAUGUGAAGUCAAUAACGACAUGAAUGCUCAAUUCUACGCCCGCACCCUGUCCAUGGUCUGGAUGCUCAACCGUUUUGAUGAAGCCGAUACGGAAACACAGGAAUGUGACUCGAACAACCAGGUUUGCCUUUCAAUUGUAGUUGAAUCCGCAGAAGAUUUCGUCUCGAUGAGGAAUCAAUACUCUGUAUGCUUGUUUGAGGUGAACCAUCAAGCAUCUAUGGAAGACUUGAAGUUGAAAGAAUAUGACAGGGAGUACAUUAUUCAAAGUGAGCGUGACGACGUUGAGCCAAUGGAGAUUGAAGAAAGUGGCGAGGAGGACGAAGAUAGAAGAGUGCUCGAAGACGAACGGCCACAGUCGAGGGCAGGUGGCCUGGAUGAGAAUGAUGGCAUGGCCAACAGUCAGCUUGCUGUUUCCGCAAGCUCAGACCGUACAUUUGUAGUGCGAGGGAACCAGAUGGGCGUGUUUCAAACUGGCGAUGACGGCGCCAAGUUUAAGACAACGGUUCGUUUCAAGGACCCCUCAGGAAAUGGGCGGUCCUUCCUUCCAUCAAACAUUCUUCUCCAUGAACAAGACAAGUCCAUGCUGGUUCUGGAUUCACAAGACCCUACUAAGAUGAUGCGCAUGGAUUUAGAACGAGGAGAAAUUGUGGAUACCUGGUCUGGUCCUCUCACGAAGAAUACCCCCGUUCAUGCUGUCCAUCGCGUCGCCAAAUAUUCGAAUCUCACAGAUACGAAGGAGUUUGUGGGUCUCAACAAAAAUCAGCUGCUGAGAAUGGAUCCUCGAACGCGAGAGUUCAUUGUUCAAAGCAAGAAGUACGCUGCGAGCACACGCGCCAAGCUGGGAUGCGUUGCAACAACAGGAAGCGGCCAUUUGGCUGUGGCAUCCGAAAACGGGGACGUACGACUUUACGACCAAAUUGGCAAAAACGCCAAGACACAUUUACCAGGGCUUGGUGAUAACAUCAUAGGUAUUGAUGUUUCUGAGGAUGGGAAGUACAUUCUUGCAACAACAGCAAAAUACCUGGUUAUCAUUAACACAGUGGUCCAGGCAGAAAGCCAGCAUUCAGGGUUUCUGAAAUCAAUGGGCAAGCACAAGCCUGCUCCGCGCAAGUUAGUGAUCAAGCCCGAAGACAUUCACAAAAAUCGAAUGGGAGAGAUCAACUUUACUCCGGCGCAUUUCAAUACGGGCAGCUCUUUGGAGCGAAGCAUUGUGACAAGUACUGGUCCUUUCAUUGUCACCUGGAAUUUCCGAUCGGUCAAACUCGGAAAGCUUCACAACUACAAUAUCACAAGAUACAUGGACAAUAUUGUUGCAGAUGACUUUGCCUAUAACGAUGAUGGUCGCAUUGUCGUGACGCUUCCCAAUGAUGUUACUGUCGCGCGCAAGAGAUAGUAUCAGUAUGAAUACGUCUGACAAGCGCUUCCAGAUACAUCUGAUAACAUCCCUAAAAGAAGGCCGCUAGACGCUACUGCGCUGAAAUGGAUGUGAUAUCUACAUAUUCAUGACCUGAGGAGUGAAGUAUCGAAAUUGUACAACAAAAAAGACGAGUAUGACGACGCAUGCAUUGUUUAA